AAGAAGAUGGUGAACCAGUAAAGGAAAUUGAAAAGGAGCAGAGAAAGAAGUGAGUAGGGGAGGGGAGAAAGAGAUAAUUUGGAACUGAAAAGAUAAACUCUAAAAGAAAGACUUCUGGGUUUGGAAACAGGAUCUGGGUUAAAAUUCCAUUUCUUCUGAGCAGUGUGACCUGGGACAGUAGAAAGCAACGCCUCAUUAGGGACAGAUAGACGGGCUGCUAUGGCAUCCUACUACGAGAUCCUGGAUGUGCCUCCAAGUGCCUCCCCUGAUGACAUCAAGAAGGCCUACAGAAAGAAGGCGCUACAGUGGCAUCCAGACAAGAAUCCUGACAACAAGGAAUUUGCAGAGCAGAAGUUUAAGGAAGUUGCAGAGGCCUAUGAAGUGCUGUCUGACAAGAAUAAACGGGACGUCUAUGACCGCUAUGGCAAAGAUGGACUAUCUGGGCCUGGGGCUGCAGGUUCAGAUUCUCCAUGGGCCAGAUCUGGUGGAUUCACCUUCACCUUUCGAAAUCCUGAUGACGUCUUCAGGGAAUUUUUUGGGGGCCAAGACCCAUUUGAUGAUUUUUUUGAUGACAUAGACCCAGGUCAGGGCCCAGCACGCCCCAGAGCCUUCUUUGGUUUUUCGUCUCCCUUCUCUUCCCGCCCAGCCUUUGCUUCAUCCUUCUCCUUCAGUCCUGGGGCCCGAAGCAUGCGUUCUGUGACCACCUCUACCACCUUUGUUAAUGGCCGCCGGAUUACUACCCGAAGAAUCCGGGAGAAUGGAGAGGAACGGGUGGAGGUUGAGGAAGAUGGGGAGCUGAAGUCAGUCCUUGUCAAUGGGAUCCCUGAUGACCUAGAGCUGGGGCUGGAACUGAGUCGCCGAGAGCAGAUGGAUUUGACCAAAGAACCUAAUGCAGCUCUGCCCAAGUCAUUACGUGUCUUACGCCUGUCAGACAGUGAACCUUCUGAUGAAGACGAGGACAUGCAACUUGCCAUGGCCUAUAGCCUAUCGGAGCAGGAGGAAGCUGAGAAGAAAGCUGCGGCAGGUGGGCGUGGGCGGGGCAGUCAACGGUCAGGGAGUCCUGGAUCCCGGGCCCAAGAAACGGAGAAGAAGGCCAUAGGUGGGCGUCGGGGCAGUCAACAGCAUAGGAGUCCUGGGCCCCGGGCCCAAGAGGCAGCCGAGAAGAAGGCCACAGGUGGGCGGCGGGCAGGCCAACGUCAGGGGAGUCCUGGGCCCCGGACCUAUGAUGCAGCCGAGAAGAAGACCGCGGGUGGGCGGCGGGGCCGCCCCCUGCAGAGAAGUCCUGAGACCCGGGCCCGAGAGACAGCCGAGAAGAAGUCUGCAGAUGUUUUCUCAACUGGAUGUCCAGGACCCAGAGCCGUCACGAAGCUCCUUCAGGAUGCUGCCCUUCCCUGGGUGCAGGGUGGGGGGAUUCCCCUCCAUUCCUCUCCCCCAUCCAUGCUGAGCUCUGAGCCGUGGCCCGGAUGGUGUGCUUCAGGGGCAGGUGGGCGGUGGGCUUAGUAGUGGUAGACAACAGACUUCCCAGGGGGCUGUGUUCAGUAGCCCUUGGAAACUACAUGUCCCAUAAUGCUGUGUACCCCUUCAUAGAUUGCCUGGGUGAAACUAAGUGGUGUGGGAGCAAUGCAUCUUAGGACAUGCAGUUUCCACCAGUACCAGCCGCAGGCUGUCUCUCUCCUAUCCUGUGACGACACAGAGGGAUCCUAUCCCUCCCAGAGGUGGAGAGUGUGUGGGUACACUGGGGAAAGGGAGAGUCAAGGGCUGGAUCCAAGGCUCCUCCAACUCUGCCUCACCAUUGGAUUCCACUGGUUGGAGGAGGAGAAGCCAAGUCCCUCUGAAUUGGGGUUGGGGGAGAGGGGAGGGGGAAGUUUUAUUCAUCAGUGUCGAGAUGGAGUUGGGAAAACAGCAGCCACACCCCCAACAUGCUGCCUGAAGGGCAGGAGGAGCCGCUAUGCUGACCGAGGAGAGGCUUCCGAAGCCCCUGGCUGGGGAAGGCGAGGGGUGGGGCGGUUGGGUAUUUGUUGGGUGUGGUGUGGGGUUAGGAAUGGGGUGCGGAUUAGGAACCUGGCACUGGUCCCAACGGACUGUGAGUGUGAGUUGUGCUAGGGACAGCUGAGUGGCGCUUGCGAGAGAGAACUGAAGGGCAGGUCCCUGCUUGUAUGGCCUCCCUGGGCCUCCAACCCUCUUCCAUUCAUGAUCUCUGCCUGGUGGAGCCUCGAGCAGGGGAGGAGGUGGGGGGGGGGGAGGAGGCAUGAGUGCUCCACUGUGUCCAGCUUGCGAGGGUCGAGGGUCUGCUGGGCCACUGUGUGCUUAGCUCAGGUUCACGAGUGAAACACUGGAAGUCAAUAAACCUGAUGAUAUUUGGAGACUA